AAUUUAGGAUUCCUCUUUAUAUAGUCUGCAAAUUCUUCAUUCCUCCACACACCACUACAAUCAAGCUAAGAGAAUUGAAACAACGUACAAGAGAUGGAAAGAGUUUCACUGAAGCUAGCUUGCUUCAUAGUGCUUUUCAUGGCUGCAUUUUCUUUGUUGCCAUCAAGUUUGAUGGCAAAAAUAUCUGUAGGACCAAACAAUGUUCAAAUGGUGAUGACUGGGCAGCUCUGCAAAUCUCACAGUGACUGCAGAAGCAAUAGUGCUUACCCUGGCAACUUCUGUAUGAACAAGAUUUCUGGAUCUGGAAUUGGUCAUUGUGUUGGAUUUCAAUCCACUCUGGCUCUGCCAUCAGAAACCAAGGACGAGGAACGCAAGCCAAAAGUUGGUGUUUGUGGAAGGUGUGAAACUGACGAAGAUUGUCGAGAAUGCGUACCAACUGCUGGUUGUGAUCAUGUACUUUUUCCUGAUGGCGGCAUGUGUGUGUGAUUAUUAUAUCCGUCACAAUAAUAUUCCCAUUUCCCCAAUAAUUAAAUUAAAUCGGGUUGCACCUUUGUUUAUGUAAUAUGUAUUAUAUUGCAUGCAUGUUAAAUACUUAAAUCGUCUCUUAAUAAAA